UCAAUGUCUAACGGACUUGACGUUUUUAAUUUAACGGAUGACGAAGCAAUGAAGUUGCUUGUUUGUGAGUCUCAUGUUGGAACCAAAACUUUGGAUUAUCAAAUGGAGAAUUAUGUUUGGAAGCGACGUGCUGACGGUGUUCAUAUCAUUAACAUUCGAAAGCUGUGGGAGAAAUUGCUGUUUGCUGCACGGGCCAUUGCUGCCAUCGAAAAUCCUGCUGAUGUUGUUGUCGUCUCUGCUUUGGGUGUCGCACAAAGAGCUAUUCUAAAGUUUGCUUCACAUACUGGUGCUACACCUAUUGUUGGACGCUUUACUCCAGGAUCAUUGACAAAUCAAAUCCAGAAAAACUUCAAGGAGCCACGUCUUCUUGUUGUCUCCGAUCCGCGCAUCGAUCAUCAGGCUCUUACUGAGGCGUCUUAUGUGAAUGUGCCUGUGAUUGCUUUUUGCAAUACCGAUUCGCCUUUGAAGUUUAUCGAUAUCGCAAUUCCUUGCAAUCUUAAGAAUAAAUACUCAAUUGGAUUGGUUUGGUGGUUACUUGCUCGUGAGGUUUUGCUGCUCCGCGGAAAGAUCAGUCGCCAAACUGGCUUUGUUGUUGAUGGUAAAUAUGUCAUGCCUGAUUUGUACUUCCACCGUGAUCCUCAAGAGGCAGAAAAGGAAGAACCGGUUGAAUCUGAGCAUAAGGAAACUUGGCCUCAAGCUAUAGAGCAGGCUGAUUACGUGGCACCGACUGAGCCUGUUAAACUGGACUUCAACGUUCCGCUUAUUAGUGAUUGGGCUGCAGCUUCUGAGUGGCCUCAAGAAGAGGAGGCUCAGGUUGCACCGACUGCACCAAUUGGUCAGCAACAGCCUCAACAGCAGCAAACUCAACAAGGAGGUGAUUGGAACUCUGGUACUAGUGGAUGGUGA